GAGAGAGAGAGAGAUGUCCUUUAUUGCUUUUGGAUUCUUCAAACUCAUUGUUGUUCACGCAUGAAUGGCCAGGAUUGGGAGCGACCAGGGUCUCACCCCAGGCUUUUCAGGAAAGAAGAAAAACUUAGAACAACUAUACGGAGCAAUUUUGUGAGUGCAAUAACACCCCCAUUAGAAUAAGAAACAGUGUUGGUGUCACUUCGUCGGUGUGAUAGGAAGGAAGGAUUCGGUUUUUUUAAUUCUUCAGUGUUAGUUUUGGUGUUUCUUGUUUUCAUCAGCCAUGUUGCAUCAAGCAUUCUUGAGAGUGUAGCAAGUUUUGUUUUUUAUCUUUUGUGUUUUUUGUGUGUGUGUAAUUUUUUUUAUCCACAUUGCAAUGAACAGUCAUCUUAUCUUGUCUUUGAAGAGUAUUGACAGUUUUUGUCUCUAGUUUUGUGAUUUGUUUUUUAAAUCCACGUUACAUCAAACAGUCAUCUUGUCUUUGCAGUGUAUUGACAGUGUCUCUGCCCUCCUCGUCUUCGUAAGCUACGGAAGUGGGAUACUAACAGAAAUAGCAGAGAACAGUGUACAGGAUUGGAAGAAAACAUUGGAGUGACUGACUCUAAACAGUUUGUUUGAGAUGCUGUGAUUGUUGGGGGUGUCUUUACGAGUAGCUUCAGUGCCUGGAUGCUUGUUUUAACUGGAUAUCAGUGUAUGGGUGGAUGCAGUGCCUGGAUGCUUGUUUUAACUGGAUCAGUGUACUGGUGUGAGGUACCUGGAUGCUUGGUUUAACUGGAUAUCAGUGUACUGGUGUGAGGUACCUGGAUGCUUGUUUUAACUGGAUAUCAGUGUACGGGUAACUGCGGUGCCUGGAUGCUUGUUUUAACUGGAUCAGUGUUCGGGUAGCUUCAGUGCCUGGAUGCUUGUUUUAACUGGAUCAGUGUUCGGGUAGCUUCAGUGCCUGGAUGCUUAUUUUAACUGGAUCAGUGUUCGGGUAGCUUCAGUGCCUGGAUGUUUGUUUUAACUGGAUAUCAAUGUACAUAUAGCUACAGUGCCUGGAUGCUUGUUUUAACUGGAUCAGUGUACGGGUAGCUUCAGUACCUGGAUGCUUAUUUUAACUGGAAAUCAGUGUACCAGUGUGGGAUGAUGUUGUGUUUUCAAGGAAUGUGUACCAGAAGGUGUUAGUGUUUCAUUUAGUGUGGAUAGUGUUGCCAGGACUCCGCCGCCGCCACCGUCUGUGAUGUUCUACAUUCUUUGAUGGAUGGGAUGAGCUAGUUAGCCGGAUGUCUGAUCUAUGAUGUCCGAGGAAAGCCGGAAUACUCACAUUAAAACUGAGGCGGAGAGUUCCAGUGGCCAGGACCCAGCACUCAAAGAUGAUCCGUCUCAGAAGCUUCGUCGGGUGCCCGUGGUCAGUCGACCGCCCAGUAGCCACAUCACCCGAGUGGACGAAGAGCCGGUCAACGCUGACCGCAGGAAGUCGUGUGAUAGCCAGUCGGUGGAGACGGUGGACCGCGGGGUCGGGCCCACCCCCGCACCGCCCCCACAUGUCGAACACAGGCUGCCCCCUUACUUUGGCAUGCAACCGUUGCUGGAUCCUAGAAAUGGAAUGUUGGAUUCAGCUUAUGCCGGCUUGGGCUACCCAAGUAUCCAGCCUUACACUAUAAACCACCCUCUGGCCAUCAACGCUUCAACUCUUGAGGGCAGAUACCACUGGCCGCCCACGGCACCUUUUCAUCAACCCAUUCCAGGUCUGGCGGCGAGUCCGGCCCAGUCUGAUGUGUCGUUUCUGAGCAUGCGGAGUCAUCUGACGGGAGAACCGGUCACGCACCUGGCGUCUCGCAUCCACUGGGAGCAGCUGCAGCGAAACUACUUCCACAGCCCCCUGUCUGCCCGCAGGUUCAGCCCCACUAGUCUACCAGGUCUACCUCUAGGAAGUACGGGAUCUCUAACAGGCGACUACCUGCCUCCAUCGUUCAGUCAGCGAAGCAUCUUUUCUGACAUUCCGCCCACGCCAGGCAGUGGUAGCAUCACUAUACCAGGCUCCUUGGAAAGUUCUCGAUUAACAAGUCCCAGACCGAGUAUUGUCGGGAAAAACCGGAAACGAGCUCUGUCUCACUCUCCCAUCUCCGACUACUUGGACAUCCAGAGUUUGACGCGCAGUUCCGAGGGGUCGCUGCAGUUAACUCCCUUUCACCAGCACAACUCGCGGAGUUCCAGUGCUGCCAGCGGGUCGUAUGGACACCUGUCUGCAGCUUCUUUUGGAGCAGCCAGCCCUGCCCAUCCCGCGAUGUCUCAUAACCCGUAUUUCCGGCACGGGAGUAUUCCCGGGUCGCCGUUCUUCUACCCAAGCAUGAUGCACCCGAUGAUGGGCCACCAGCCCCUGGGUCACACCAUGCUGCCACCUACCUCACAGACCAUCGGGUCACCCACCAAGUUUGAGCCUCAUAUCACUGGCCACUCUAAAGAUGCUAGCAGUAGUGUGGUUAGUAGUACCAUGGACCCUUCAGCUGAUGUGAAAAAGUCCAAAAUCAAGAAAGAAAUUGAAACACAUCAUGAGGAGUACUGCGACGACGAUGAUGACCAUCACAGUGGUGAAGGUCAUGGGAAGGACGGCCAUAUUCCGCAGGAAGGAGAACCCGACUUCAUCGAGACAAACUGCCACUGGGUCGACUGCUGCUGUGAAUUCGACCUGCAAGAUGAUCUCGUUAAGCACAUAAACCAGGACCACAUCCAGGCAAACAAGAAGCAGUUUGUGUGUCGGUGGACGGACUGUAACCGGGAGGAGAAACCCUUCAAGGCUCAGUACAUGCUUGUCGUGCACAUGAGGCGCCACACAGGAGAAAAACCACACAAGUGCACGUUUGAAGGCUGUUCAAAGGCUUACUCACGGCUGGAGAAUCUGAAGACUCACCUGCGCUCACACACGGGAGAAAAGCCAUACAUGUGUGAGUUUCCCGGUACAAAUCAAAAUUAUUACAGCAACGCUUCAGACCGCGCCAAGCAUCAGAAUCGGACCCACUCAAACGCUAAACCGUACGUGUGUAAAGCAAUUGGGUGCACGAAGCGCUACACGGAUCCCAGUUCCCUGAGGAAGCACGUGAAAACCGUGCAUGGUCCAGAUUUCUAUGCAACGAAGAAACACAAGGGAAAUGAUAUGUCCUUCAACUGUAACACAAAGAAAGAAGAACAGGAUCAGGAUAACAAUGAAGAUGGGAACACAAAGAAAGUUGAAGAAUGUCUCACAGUGACAUCGUUACAAACCGUCCAAUCAGGGGAGAGGCGAAGGUCACAGGGAAAUGUUGGCUCCUCUGUGACACAGACCCAGUCAUCCCCCGACAGCAGCCCUGAGGUGAACGUCACAUGUAACAGCAACCACCACACGGAGAGUGUAGAGGAGCACAUCACCAGUGGCAAUGGCACCAACAUCGUGUCUGGCUCGCUGGAGGAGGAAGUGGACAUCCCCGAACCAGACGAGGCAGAGUUGCCCGGGUCCGAGUCUCUGCUAGUGAGAAGAAACCAGCGCAACACAAUGCAGAACAAGAUGAAAGGAAGGAUAACCAACAAGACUCUGAAUGUGCCAAGUUACCCACAGCUUCCCGCCAUCAGUCCAAAUGGUCCAGGUGGCAAUAACCAGCAGUCAUUCACCGACCUCAAUAACCGAAUGACACAGAUCAAGGGAAGUCCACAACACAAACGUAUCAAUGAUCUCACUGGGAGGAACGAACUUCUUCCAACCCAACCACUCAUCUAUGACAACAGCCGGCGGGACAGCAACGCCAGCACGCUGAGCUCCUACAUGAGCAGCAUGCGAUCGGAUGCCAGCCCCUUCAUCACGGGAUCUCAGUUCGGUUCGCAGUUCUCCAGUCGCAGAUCGAGCGAGGUGUCGCAGCGACUCAGCAUAGCCAACUCACCGUAUGAGUACGACAUCACGGGCAAUCUACCCAACAGCUGCUCACGUCGUUCCAGCGGCUCCAGCGGUGGCAUCAGCACCAUGGCCGCGCAGAUGCAGAAGGCUCACCUCGGCAGCUACCCCAACCUCGUGGUGCAGUCCCAGUCGAAGGCGCUGCGGAGCCCGUCGAGUAAAUACAGCCAGGAGAGGAUCGCCCGAUUCCUGGCUGCCCGGUGUGAACUCGACGGGGCCAGGACAGGCACGCCUACCCGGACACCCCUCCCCCACGAGAUCCCAAACAGGGAGGUGCGUAGAGCGAGUGAUCCCGUUCGGACAGUCGAUCCCAAUUUCCGCGAUCUGAAGCGCUUGCAGCGAUUCCACAGCCUGAACAUGAUGAAGCCGUUGCCGGUUCCGUCCAGCAUGAAGAGUUUACACAAGCGCAUCGGCUCCAACAACACGUUCAAUUCAUCGCGGAGCAGCAUCGCAACAGAUGUCAGCCUCCCCGAGGAUCCCGAGUACCACUCUCCCGGGACAGGCAUGGAUUUGGAUCACGAUGCCGCACUGGAGGAGAAGAUGCUGGAGGAUAACGAGGAUAUGAUAAUCCCCGACGACAUGCAGAGAUUCCUCAUAGAACACUAUGGAGGACAGAUGCCGCCGAUGUUCGAAUACCAGGAAGUGGAUCAGGGAAUGCCGGGCAAAGGGAACACCCAGAACUGUCAGAACCACAGUCCCAAUGCCGGCCAGUUCCCUAACCAGCAGCAGAUGACAACGACUCCCAAUAACUACAACAACAUGCAGGUUCAGAGUUACUAUGACAACCAGGGCAUGAAUAAUGGCAUGAUGUGUGGAGGUAACGGCGGUGGAGAGUUUGUUGGUGGUGGUGGUGGUGGUGGUCAGAGUGGCAGUGCGAUGCAGCAGGGCUGGAACCAGGGUCAAGGUUUCGAUGGGCAGAAUGUGGCUAACAUGCAGAUGAGAAACAUGCACAUGCAGUCCAACGGAAACCAGAUGUCUCAGCUUAGUCCGAAUAUGGUGAUGCAGAAUGCGAACCUGAUGCCUCCUCCAAGCAUGGUCAGUCCUCAUCAGGGGAAUAUGUUGGGAGUUCUACAUGAAAAUGUGGCUGCUCAGAGUCCUUCAGGAAACAUGAAUCAGUGGCAGAUGAUGAUGAAUCAAGGUCAGGGAGCAAAUCCUUGUCACGGUCCAGGAUCAAAUCCCUGUCCUGGUCAGCAGGGGAUGAACCCAUGUCAAGGUCAGCAAGGGUCAAAUCCAUGUCAAGGUCAGCAAGGGUCGAAUGCAAGUCAAGGUCAGGGAAUGAUGAAUCCUCAGCAGAUGUAUCCUGUUCCGCCGUCGAUGCCGAAGACCCAGCAGCAGAAUCUGAGACAGAUGCACAUGCAGCGACAGAAGUGCGAACGGACUAGUCCGCAGGUCCAGGUGCCGCACAUUAGUCAGUCUCAAAUCCCUCCCAAUGCUAAGGCAGCACACCGGCUUAUGAGACAGCAGAUGCUUCUGCAUCAGCAACAGCAGCAGCAGCAACAGCAGGGGAUUGUUAACACUCCUGGCAACUUUAACCAGAUGACGUUUCAACAACAGAAGCUGUAUCCAGGCAUGCAGGCUGGAGGUAUGACGAAUGCCAUGCCACCUCCUCAAGUGCCCAUGUCUUUUCCUCAGCAGAUGACGCAACAACAGAUGUACCCAAACAGUAUGGUUGCAAACCAAAAUGGUAUGAUCGGGAACCCAAAUGGUGUGGUUGGCAACCAAAAUGGUAUGGUCGGGAACCAAAAUGGUAUAGUCGGCAACCAAAAUGGUAUGGUUGGCAACCAAAAUGGUAUGGGUGCUAAUCAAAACAGAAUGGUUGCCAAUCAAACCGGUUUGGUGGGCAGUGGUAUGAACGUAGGUCUGAAUCGAUUGGUACCAAAUCCAGCAGCCAUGAUGCCGAACCCACCCAACGGCAUACCUGUCAAUCAAAACAGUAUGGGGGGCGGUCAGACUGCUGGCCUGCCAGCCAAUGGGCAGGUUCGAUCCAACUGUGGUUUAGUGAAUCAAAACAAUCCGUUCACGCCGUUGGAAAUGUCUCCGGGUUGUAACCAGGUGACCAGCUCUACAGACUGCGUGGACCAGGAGACGCAGGGAGCACCCAUCGAGGACUUCAUGGACAAUCUGACGUCCAUAUCGACGGAGAACAUCAUGGACAACAUCAGGUCAAUAUCGACGGAGAAUCUUACCGGUGGCGCAGUCGCAAACAGUGGUAUGUACAGUCCUGCUAUGAUGAGCAAUCGGUCGAGCUCGCAGACGUCUCGGUGCAACCCAGUUUUAAACAUGAACAACAUGGUCGUUAAUGAUAUGAGUUCUGUGCUGACACAGUUGGCCGAGGAGAAUAAAUACUUGAGCAUGAAGCAGUGAACUUACGUUCUCUCGCUGCAAAGAUUAUGGGAAUUCCAGGCUCGUUAUAUUGGUGCAGGUAUUUUUUGUUUUCUCUUUUUGAAUAUCCUACUGAAAAUGGAAGUUCGUUUUGUGCAACGAGAGUACGGUGUGGAGAUGUUCCUGUUUUUUCUUUGUUCUUUUUUUUUUAUACAUAUAGUGGUUAUUUUUAAGUUCAUGAAAAUGGAAGCUCUUUUUCGAGAGAAAAAAAACUGUGUUGGAAAUACUACCAAGAUCAUUGGAUUUCCUCGUUAUAUAGAUAAUUUUUCACUGAAAAUGGAAUUUCUUUUCUGAACACAAUUAUGAUGGAUAUAAUAUAUGUGCGAGAUCGUUAGAAUUCCUCUUUAUUUACCGUAGGUACAUUUAUUACUGUUAUUUUUUCAAUGAAAAUCUAAGGUUUUUAAAAAUAUAUAUUGGAGAUUGUUAGAUUAUCUUAACAUUUAGAUGAUCUUUCCACUGAAAGUGAAAAUUCAUUUUUAAACGAAUGUAUGAUGGAUUCAUUCAUAUUGUUGUACGUGUCUCGUUCAUGUACUCUUGGGUUUGAGAAAAUACAAAAAUGCAUUUCUACAUUGUGUGUGCAUUAUGUGUAUAACCUACAUAUUAUUUGACAUGUGUGACAAAAGUGCUACAUAUUUUUGUUUAACGUGUUUCCUGAAAGGAUGGAUGUCGAGAUUAUAGUUCAUAUAUUUACUGGAAAAUACUGGAGAUUUUCACAUUGAAACUGCAUGUUUUCACUUUCAUAAUAUUUACUUAGCAUGUGACUGUCUUUGGUUCAGCAGAAGUACACGUAAGUAUAUAUAUACGGUAUUAAUGUGUUUCAUUUUUCAUACUAUUUACAUUGAAAAUGAAGUGAUAUAAUUGGGUCGAGAUUUUAACUUCUUCACACUCAUUUUCGCUGAAUAUGAACAGUGUACAUUCAAGAUUACCAGAUCUUAUGAAAUCAUUAUAUUUUAAUGCCAAUUUUUCUCUCUAAAAAAUGAGUCCCAGUUUUAGUUCUCUUUUUAAAAAUGAAAUUUAUGAAUUUAUUAUUUGUAUAUUGGUGUCAAAGACAGUGUACUUUUAGGGGCCAUCCAUAAUUUUCACGUG